AUGCGGAUGAAGAUUACUCUAAAGAUACACGAAGCUUGGGAAGCUGUAGAAACAGAGAUGAAAGAUACCAAGAAGAAUAACCUAGCGUUAGGUUUACUCUUCCAAUCGAUACCAGAGAGCCUCAUUCUUCAAGUAGGCGAACUUGAUGGAGCUAAACAGGUGUGGGACGCCAUAAAAACCAGACAUGUCGGAGCAGAACGUGUAAAGGAGGCCAGGUUACAAACACUAAUGUCCGAGAUUGAGCACCUGAAGAUGAAAGAAGCAGAGAGUAUAGAUGAUUUCGGUGGAAAACUCUCGGAGUUAGCUUCAAGAUCAGCAGCUCUCGGGGUGGUUAUUGAGGAGUCAAAGAUUUUUAAGAAUUUCCUUAUGAGCCUACCUGUGAAGAAGUAUAUACACAUCGUUGCGUCUCUUGAGCAGAUGCUCGAUCUAAAGACAACGAGCUUUGAAGAUAUAAUGGGACGACUAAAAGCAUACAAAGAACGCAUUGCCCAAGGAGAAGAAAAAGAGGAGGACCAUACAAAGUUAAUGUAUACAAAUUCUGAAGCUCAAGGAAAUCAAUCUAAUUGUUAUCAGCCAGAGCAAUCAAACCGUCGAGAUAAAGAAGAUAGCUAUCGUGAGUACAAUACAGAAUCUUACAGAGGAAGAGGUUGGGGAGGACGAUCUUAUUACAGAGGAAGAGGACAAGGUCGCUACGGUGGAAGAGAUUAUAACGGAGGAAGAGAAUACAACGGAGGAAGAGAUUAUAAUACAGGAAGAGACGCUUCACGCAUAACCUGCUACCGUUGCGACAAGAUAGGACACUUUGCAGCUAUGUGUCCUGACCGACUUCUGAAACUCCAAGAGACUCAAGAAAGCGAUAACACCGAGACACAAGAGGCUGACGAACUUAUGAUGCAUGAAGUAGUCUACUUGAACGAGAAGAACGUGAUACCUGGAAAGUACGAAACAAAUGCAAGAGAAGAGAACGUAUGGUACCUUGAUAACGGUGCUUCUAAUCACAUGACUGGAGACAGAAGAUAUUUUUCAAGCAUCGACAACACCAUUACAGGGAAACUGCGGUUUGGAGACGAAUCGCAUUGA